AAAUUUCAACCUAUAUAUUCCUCCCUUGUGUGUCUUCUUGUUCUCUAUUUAAAUUCAAACAUUAGCUCUUUCUUUCUUCUUAAAUCUCAAUGGGUAAAAACCAUUAAUGACAACCAGCUUUAGAUAUAUCUGUCUUUAUGAUUUUGUUAAUGAGGAUUUCCUUUCUUUUAAAUGCAGUAUGCUUUAUUAGUAGGAACCAGAAAUAAUACAUAUUCAGUCCAAUAAACAUCUGAAAAGAACAUAGAGUCGUUAUCUCCAAAUGGGUAACGGCAUGGGAAAAUUGAAGCUUUGUUUCGCCGGAGAGGUUGGAGAAAUCUCGAAAAGACACCACGAUAUCGCCGUGAACCUCUCCGAUCAUUUCGACGACGUCGGUUUAGGCCAUUCUUUUUGCUACAUCCGAUCAGACCCUUCUUUCUCCGAUGAAUCCUCCUCCUCCUUCUCCUCCAGUAACAGCAGCCGAACGACGGCGUUUCGCACCAUCUCCGGCGCUUCCAUAUCGGCUAACGCCACCACGCCUCUCUCUACCGCGCUUUUGGACUUCUACCCUUAUACUGAUAUGUCGUCUUCAGCUUUUGAAAGCUCUCCUUUAUUCUCUUCCAUUCCUCUUCAGCCUAUUCUCCGAAGUUCCAUUGCCUCUCUCCGGUCGGGCCCAAUUCCCCGAGUUUCUAGUUCGGGCUCUGGCCCAAUAGAGCCGAGCUUCACCUCCCUCCCUUUGGAGAAAUCCAAGUCUAGCAAAUUGGAUUUCGUUAGAAGUUUGAGGAAAGUUUUGUCAAGCUCCUUUCUGGGGAUUGAAGAAAUGAGUUUUAUAGAGAAGACGAAUAAAAUUAAUUGCCAAGUUAAUUUGGCUGAUGAUGUUGAGGGCAAUGUGCAGUGGGCUCAGGGAAAAGCAGGGGAAGACAGAGUACAUAUAGUGGUUUCUGAAGAACAUGGGUGGGUUUUUGUUGGAAUUUAUGAUGGAUUUAAUGGGCCUGAUGCUACUGAUUUUCUGUUAAACAAUCUCUAUUCAAAUGUCAACAAAGAGCUCAAAGGAUUUCUCUGGAAUAACAAGUUAGAAAUCUCUGAGGAUUCGACGAGUAAUGACACUAUUCCAUUGGUACAUUUAGAUGAGAAAUUGAAUAAUUUGGGAACAAAUGGAGUUGCGGGUAUUGACCAUUUUGAUGUUUUGAAGGCGUUAUCAGAGGCGUUAAUGAAAACUGAGGCGUCGUAUUUGGAGAUGGCUGAUAUGAUGGUAAAGGAGAAUCCUGAGUUGGCUUUAAUGGGAUCUUGUGUUUUAGUAAUGUUGUUGAAUGGUAAGAAUGUUUACUUAAUGAAUGUUGGAGAUAGCAGAGCAAUUUUAGCUCAAAAUCCUGAAUCCGAUCCUUCUGAAAGCACAUUGGGACGGAUAAACGAGGAGAGUUUAAAUCGCAUUGAUGCACUAUGUAGAGUUGAAUCUAAUCUUACUUCUUGUCAACUCACCUUGGAUCAUACCACAUCUGAGAAAGAGGUACAGAUCCGAGCCUUUCUGCGUAAACAUAUAUAUUCAUGAUUCUGUUUU